GCAUCAUAUCCAAACCACCUUACUUUACUACAGAAAAAGACGACGAUUGCCUGCGUUCGAGCACAAUAGCAGUCCGACGAUUUUAUUGUUUUUGGACCACAAAAUUCUUAGGAGCUCUCUCUCUCUCCCAGCCAGCAUCAAUAUAGUCGAAAUUUCUUAGCUUUUUCAUCUCGUCCCUCAUGCAAUCGUCACAACUAGAUUCUUUACACUUACCCCACGUCUUCGAUACCAGAAUACACCCUUUAUCGAUCUACGCAUUGCGGUCUGCGAUCAAGCCGGUUCGGGGGUCUCCAGAUUUUAUACCAGCGCACAAGGCAUCUGCUCGCACUUUUCGCCUACGCCGCUAUUUCAGUACAAAAAAUGGCAAAGAAAAAAGGCAACCAGACUCCUGGUGGUGAGGGGCAGAAUGCGACCCUGGACAACGCUUCGCAAACGCAUCCACAAACCUCAAAUACUAUGGAUACAAACGGAGGGAGUCAAAAGAAGAAACCAAAGACGUCGAAAGAAGGUUCUUCUUCCUCGUCUUCGUCUUUCCAGACACUUAACAUUUGCCGGAACAAGCAUUGGCGAUACAUAUCCUCUUUCCACGGUCCUUGGCUCCAAAUGCCUAUCGAAAUCCUCGAAACAAUUGCCAACAUCAACUACAAUACCCCCCGGCCGUGUCCUAUUGACCCUGCCGUCCUCUAUGACCUACUGAAGAUUCGCCGUCUCGUCGACGAAGCCACCAAUCUCGCCGUGAGAGCUGCUAGUGACAUUGCCUCACCCGUGUUGACUAACGUGCACGGUGGACUACCCGGCGCAUCUUCUAUGUCUGUGUUGGGAAUGACAGGGCCAGGACAUGGGACAAGAUUGAGCCGCGAGCGCAAGUUUCGGAUGAGGGAGCAGGCAAGCCAGAAGCUUAGCCGUGCAUACCAUCUAGAUGAAAUUGCUUGCAGCGUUGCAACAAUGCAGGGUGCUUCACCGAUUGAUGAGAUUGGGGCGCUGGUGCUGUUGCGUAACCCACAGGAUCAAGAUGCCAAAUAUGUACAUUUCUUCCAUGAGAAAAUACCCUCCCGCCAGUUGGCAGAGUCUACUAGUCUUCAGCCCUUGACAGACAUCAUAUCCGAGAGGCCCAGCGAGGGUGAAGCUCUCCGAACGCGUGCAAUCGUCAAAACUUUCAAGGAGGAUUUCGAAGGUGCGGCUCAUGACUUGACGGUCGCUCUCACAGUGUGUCGAAUACAUCAGCAACCCCAUCGACUCAGUGGCAACGAACUCGAGUCCCAGUAUUCACAUCGAGGCAGACGAUGGCGUCAGGACAUCACCCCAUCUGAGAAAGAUCAACCGAGUAGUUUAGAAUCUCAGCUGUUAUUCCUUCGUGGCGCGGCGUAUCUAUCACUGGCAUGUCAGUAUGUCGAAGAUGGCAUCCCAACAAGUCAGAGCCAGAGUGGGCAUGCCGAUUCGCACAACCCAGACGAGGCCUUUAAUCCAGAAGUCAGUGGCCGCAAGUCGCCAGAGAUUGAAGAAAAGUCUCUCCGUGAACAGACCGAAGCGCGGAAGCUUGUCAAGAAGUACGCAAAGUGGGCGCUUCGAGACCUCCUCACCUUUAUGUCACAUUUCGAGUACGCGCCCAAUUUACCAUCCUCCAUCGCAAAGGACUUUAAUGAUCGAGUUAAUUCCUCCGCAAAAGGCACCCGCCAUCCUCGCCCUUCUGAGGCCACAUACUCUCUCGAGCCACAUACCACUUACGCCAUUUCGGAACUCUUCGCCGCCGUCCCCCCUUCAGACCUCCCUCCAUAUCCUAACCAGGAGGUGAAAAACUCCAAUGGGAAAACACAGCCAUCCGAUAUGCCCCAGACAUGCGAAUGGUCGACGUACCACCCCCUUAUGGCCGACGCCCUUCACUCCCUCCUCCUUUGUCACUGCCUCACCCAAACUUCGGCCAAGGAGCUUCAACGCCACACCUACAUGGCGGCAAGACUGAUCCGUCUCGCCGAUGGCUAUCCGGUCUUCCAACCUAGUCGCUCUGCUGCUCGGUCUGACUGGGUUGAAAUUCUCCGCCGCGCCGACGAUAACUGGCUACAGCUCAGCGCCUCUUGGGAGACCUUAUGCAUACCUGCGCCCCUCCCGUUCUUAUACGAUACCCUCCCCCAGGAUGUCUCAAAGAUGCACAUCGGUGCUUCUCGUAAGGAAGCUGCCGCCGCCGCCGCAUCUCUAAUCAAUGGUGGAUCCGACAACGCUAGACCAGCCGUACUGAGUCCGGCAGACAAGCGUCGACAGCGCAAGCGGGAACACGACCAGCGAGUCUACGAAGCCCUUAAUGAUGAACGAGUCUGUGAUGAUGCCACCUUCCGUGCAUCCAUUGAGGCUAGAGAGAAGCGCGAUGAGAAAGAACGUGCUGCAACUGCCGCUGCUGCCAACGGCUCUUCAUCCAAUGCCACAUCUACUAACAAUUCAGGUCUCAAGGGAUGGUCUGACGACGAUAGCAAGGACUACCCCCUUUGCAGUGUGAGGGCUAGCCUUAUCGCACAGUGGGUGCAGAAAGCACCCAUCGUCACAGGUACCACGCGACGCAAGAAGCGUACCAAGAAGACUGUCAGCAGGGCAGCAUCACUGGCUGGCCUUCCAGAGAAGAGGAACCUUGAAGAUGGAAAAUAAACUAUGCCGCCAUAACGACCAUUUGCUAACCCCGUAUUUCUUGGUUGCCAUUUUUGGCCACUCAGUUGGUGUGUCGCCUGCCCCCAUUUGCGGGAACCUUAUAUGAUGAAGAGUAAGCUUGAUAUCCGAAAGAUAAUAUUUCGUGGACUUCACUAAGUGGUCUCGGGACGGGACUUUUCAUGACAAAUGCGUUUCAUACAGUAUAAAUCAAGACUUGAAACAAGUGCAGGUCUAUCAUUCAAGCGUCCUUCCGCAGACAAUGUCUAAUGCUUUAUAACCAAGAAACGCCGUCCAUGCUUACAUAUCCUGUGAAACCAAUCCAUUACCUCAAUUCAUUCUAUCCUAUCUCAUAUUUAGCAAUAAUCUUAAUACCACCUGUUGUUAGAUAUGUUUCCCCCGUUGAGGAACGCAUCAAUGUCUCCCAUACCCUCGGUUUCAAGCACAUUCAUCAACUCAAGCUGCUGUGACUGUGUAAGGCUACCUUGCCGAGCAAAACCAUAGUCAAACUGAGGAGGAGGGGCAUUCCCGCCUUGAAUGUUCUGCAACCCAAGACCAGAGACUGACAUAUCGCCAUAGUUUCCAGGAUUCGCCAUGGAAUCGUUGAAAAAACUGUUGCUCAUGUUGUUAAAAGCGUACGGGGAAAUAAAUGGUGCAGGAGGCGAAAACCAAUCGCCAAUACCGCUUGGGGUUGGUAGAGGCCUUUGGGUAGGUGCAGCCUGUGGGUUUUGGGGUACAACAAACGUGGGCCCACGUUGAGAUUGUUCAAUCUUGAUAGGAGGGGACAUGUUUGUCUGCACGGGCACCAGGGGAACCCCGGCUGGCGAGGCAUGCUGCAUAAUAGGUGUAGGAUGGGCUGUCAGGGUGUUUGAGGGCGAUAAAGUAUUACUAGGGGUUGGUGUUGCCAUAUUGCCGGUCGGGAUGCUAUCAGGAGGAGUUGGCAAUUGCUCUGACAUGUGAUCCGGAGGCGAUGUUAUAUGUUGCUCAGGGGUUGUGGUGGCUGGCGGUGUUGGGUCAUCCAUCAUGUUCUCGCCGGGCUGCAUAAAGUCGGGUGGGAAGUAUGAGAAUCUUCGCCCCGUAGGUUCAUUGCUCGCAGGGUUGAAGAAGAUGGAGUUAGACCUGAAGCUCGGCUGAGGUGGAGGAAAGUUGGGAUCGAAGGCGUAAGCAUUCAUGGCCUCUGGUGGUGAGUUGAAUACAUGAUUGAACUGAGGUGGGUUCUGAUAAGGGGCUUGGACUUGUUGAAGGUUCUGGAAGGCUUCGGGCGAGUUAGGGUCCGCGAAGGAAGGGGGCGUGGUGAAGAAGCCGGCUGCCUGUCCCGUCAUUGGGCGUUCAUCAUAGCCUUGUAAACAAGCUUUCGAGAAGAUGGAGUAAAGUUGUGAGGCGGAUGCAGUCCCCGGCCAUCUUUCCGUACAACGAUCCAAAACCUCCAUAGAAGUCUGAACGAGGGUUUCAACCUCAUGACGGGGAUGCGCUCGGCGCACCUCUGGAUACGAAACAGUCCAUAAGAGUGUGUUGAGGGAC